AGUUUCCACAAUACCAUUCAUAUAUGCACAUGACUAGCUAUAACCACUCGUAAUAUUUGCUUCGAAACAUUCCUACAAAGCCUCUUAUAUUAAGUUCCCUACUUCCAUAAUCAUCAGUAGCGAACAACUACUUUCUCAGCUAUGGCACCCCACGGAGAGUCAAUCCCAAGCUCUACUCCAACUUUCUCAAACCGGACGGCCUCAACCUUCUCGAAGCCGCCUAGGCUUCCAAUGUCGGAGAGCCUGCACCGAACGGUGUCAGACAUCUCCUUUGAGCUGAGCAAAGCCGAGGCGGCAAUGGACUGUGAUCUACCGCCGAUAUCGGAGGUGGAGGACGCCAAGUGCGAGUGUUGUGGCAUGGUGGAGGAGUGCACGCCGGAGUACAUAGAGAAGAUAAGGGAAAAGUUCUUCGGCAAGUGGGUGUGCGGUCUGUGCUCGGAGGCGGUGAAGGAGGAGUUGCAGAAGAAGAAGAACGAUGCCGCCGCCGGCGGUGGUGGUGGUGGUUGCAGUGACGGAAAGGACGUUGAGGAGGCUUUGGCGGUACACAUGAGUGCGUGUGUGAGGUUCAACAAGUUCGGAAGAGCUUAUCCGGUUUUGUUUCAAGCUGAGGCUAUGAGACAGAUGCUCAAGAAGAGCCAGAGUGAUGGAAGAAUCAGGGCUAAGUCUAUUAGUCCUAGGGACCUCAAAGGUGGUGCCUCAAAGAAGGGUGGGAUUGCUCGGAGUUCGAGUUGUAUUCCGGCGAUCACCAGGGAUAUGAACGAUCUAACCAUGACUAGUAGCUGAGCUAGAGCUAGCUAUAGCUGAUGAUGAUAAUCAUGAUCGAUGAUGAUGAUGAUUAAAAAAGGGAACAUGGUUUAGUUAUUUUGUAAACCUCUUUCCCCCCUUUAACCAUUAUUUAGCCUCUACCUUGAUUAUAUAUGGACUCUUGUGUUUGAGUAUUAAUUUUAAUUCUCAGACACAGAGUCUCACCUAUAUUCUACAUAUAUAUAUAUAUAUAUAUAUUCUUGUUGAUGAUUAGCCUUUUUGUUACCUUGCCAGGUUUUUUUGUGUUUUAGGUUAUUGUCCGAGUUCUGCCCUAUCUUCUUUUUUGUAUCCCAUCCCAUGAGAUCUCCAUGGUUUUCAGGUCUUGUAUGUUUUAAGGUCCAUCAUUUUUAGAGUUUGUCUUGGGGCCCUUUUUUUAGGUGGAGAGAUGACUUUUAACCCUGUCAUUCAUAUAAGUUCUUGUUCAACUUGGAAUCAUCAAAUGACUUGGAGUUUGUGGGUAGUUAGCCUAAAUAUGUUAAGGCUUAUAAGUAGUGUGUUAAUCUCCUUUCUCAAGGGGUUUUUGCUUUAAGUAGUUAUGUGACCACGAAGUCUUUAUUUAUUAUUUUUUUUAGUUUGAAAAAUAUUGUAAUUGAUUGACAUAAUCUGAAGUUUCAAUAAAAUAAGUCUUACCUUAUUAUUAUUAA